UCGGGAGCGAUUUUGCAUCUUUGACACCUCUAGAAUUUACGCGUAAAAAAAGCGUAAAAACUCAAUUAACAAUUGAUUUGGACUUAAAUUAACAGUGUGAUUAUGAUUAGUGAGACCCAGCCGAUAGCAAAAUGUUGAAUGCAGUGCCUUCAGCGGUAGUGCGGCAGCGAGUGACGUCACUUAAGUAAAACAACAACAAAAGACAGUGGGGUGCCGCAGCAACAAAAGGGAAUCAAUAACAAAAAAGCAGAGAGAAAAUCGUAAUUUCGUGAACAAUUUGCAUACGAUUGGGUGGUUAGGUAAUAGCGAUAGCCAUCACAAACGCACAAAUCACGAAAUGAGUAAACUAGAGACGGAUUCGGACAGUUCUGAAGAGUUUUUCGAUGCCGAGGACACUACGCCCAACCGCCAUUCAACUUUAAGCCGGAAACUGCCUCCAGAGGUGGUCCAGGAGUUUAUCUUUCCCGAUCCCGCCGUGCGAGUGAACGCCGCCGCCUCCUCUGAUAGCGAUGCUACACCCAUUGGCGCUGGAACGCCUGCGACCCGGAGUCCUACGAACAGCCUGGGUGCCCGGUUAAAGCAGCAGGAUGCCGGGGUCUUCGUUGAGCCUAAACCAGUGCUCGGAUCUUUGGGUAGACAGCGCUUUCACGAACUACGUCAGUGCAUGCAAAACGAUGAAGAUGAUAAUCCAGGAAAUACACUCACACCUGAUUCUCAGAACAGCUCAACGGACGGCAUUUUUACCAAUCGUUCAACACAUCCGUUUAAGGUCAUUGAGACCGAUGCGAUGAGCAUACAGAGCAUGACAUCACUGGGUCGCGUGGGCCGUAUCUUGGCGGGCAGCAUUGAUCCAUCUGCUAUAAGCGUCGAUCGCGAGUCCCUAGCGUCGUUAAAUGCCCAACAGCAAAAGCAACAGGCGCAGCAGCAACAACAGGCGCUGCCUGCAUCAUCUACCAAUUCCGCCACUCCACCGAGCACUGGAAACACCUCUUCAGGGAUGAGUACGCCCAGGGUUUCGCCCAAACAUCUUCAAAGCGGUCAGGAAGCAGCAGCCACUACAACUGGGAUUCCUAGCGCCGCAUCUUCCACGCAAUCCUCAACUGCUGGCGCCAUAAUGCUGCAGGAACCUGAUGUGAUAGCAAGCACAAAGCUUGCCCAGUCUAAAACUACAGAUUCCAUCACCUCGUCUGGACCUGUGGCGCCGCCGAGAAGAAAGAAGAAGUCUCGAAACUGUUCUAUUAGUUCCUCCGAUCAGUAUAGUUUGCCCCCGGCGGAUAAUGAAGAUACCGAUAGUGAUACCCGAUCUGUGAAGAGUGUACAGGGCCUUCAGCAAAAGUUGCGCGAUGACUUUGUUAUCGAGUUUGAAAGCUCCCUGAAUGAUGCAACUGCGUCAGCCUCCAGUAACACAUUGACUUGCUCCUCCACGAACACCAUCGUCUCCGCUUUAGCCUCGACUACGACGGCAUCUUCGUCCAUGCCAUCCACAAGUGCAAUUCAUAUGCGUCCCAACAUGAAUUCGGUCACGAUGGCUGGUGCAAAGCCCACGCAAUCUCUGGGAAGCAGUUCAACAUCGGUUCACUCCAAGCCAAGUCCAUCGAAUUCUGGGAAAAGUAACUCGGCACCAGGGAGGGUUAGUUCCAUUGAUCCAAAUCAGGGUCUAAACCUCUUUAAGGCCAUUCAGGGAGGUUACGUAGUGAAACCACGCGAUGAGGCCAGUAAUAAGGCGCAGGGUCCGUCCCAAGAUGAAAUCGAGCGCAUUGAGAAAAUGCUCAUGGAAAGUGCGAACCGACCGAAGUUGGCGGGAACAGGAUCCAACAGCUUGGGCAGCUCUACUCGGUACCCCGGAUUCUACCGUGGCGUAAACGACAAGGAGCGACGCAAGUCCGCUGGCGACGAAGAUGUGCUUAAGCAGAUGAACAUUUAUGUGCGAACACGUACCAGCUCAGGCAAGCAGCUAACGGACUUUGAGAUCCUUGAACAAGUUCCUGUUAAAAAUUUAGACACGGGAGAGAAUAUGCCGCUUUCCGAAAUGCGUUCACCACCAGUGCCUGAGGGAUGGAAUCCGCUCUCGCUCCACAUCCUUAAGCUGACCUCCCACCUGGAGGUGAUCCAGAAGGAGUCCGACGAGGAGAGUGUAAUUGGCAUACCACCUAGUACUGAGGGUCAGCAGCCCGACGAGGAGGAGCUCGAAACGGAAGAUGGUAGUCGACUGAAAAAGAAAACUGCGCGGAUCAAACGCUUCUUUGGCACCACAAUGCGGAAGACAGUUGAUAAGGCCAAGUCGAUUGCAUCCGAGGUGUCACAUGCGCGACACAAGGAGGAUGUGGCCGAUAUUGUUGAUGCUAUGAAUCCCGAGCAAAACAUUAAAAUCAAAGCUUCGUCGUCCAACAAAGGUCCUUAUGAAUUUACUAAGCUGCAGCACGUCCAGGAUUUGAGUGGCGAAGACACGAGUGCUGUGUGGUGCAUGAAGUUCAGCUCGUGCGGACGACUGUUGGCCACUGCUGGGCAGGACAAGGUGUUAAGGAUUUGGGUUUUAAAAGAUGCCUAUCCGUUCUUCCAGGACAUGCGCAACAAAUACAAUGCUGACCAAAAAUCCUCGCCUACGCCCUCCCAAGAGUCUCUUGUCUCGCAGCAUUCAGCGGAAGAAGCCAUUGCUAUGGCCACCGCAGCCGAAAAAUGUACAGGCCCUUUCAUGCCGAAACCCUUCUGCACCUACAAUGGACACACCUCCGACCUACUGGACGUCAGUUGGUCAAAGAAUUACUUCAUUCUGUCAAGCAGCAUGGACAAGACUGUUCGGCUCUGGCACAUAUCCAGAAAGGAGUGCCUUUGCUGUUUUCAGCAUAUUGAUUUUGUCACCGCUAUUGCGUUCCAUCCACGCGAUGAUCGCUACUUUUUGAGUGGGAGCCUCGAUGGCAAACUAAGGUUGUGGAAUAUACCCGACAAAAAGGUUGCUCUUUGGAAUGAGGUAGAUGGCCAGACAAAGCUUAUAACGGCUGCCAACUUCUGCCAGAACGGGCAGUUUGCUGUGGUGGGGAGCUACGAUGGCCGUUGCAUAUUUUAUAACACGGAUCAGCUGAAAUAUCACACGCAAAUUCAUGUACGUUCCACCAGGGGCAAAAAUCGUAUUGGCCGCAAGAUCAGUGGAAUUGAACCGAUGCCCGGAGAGGACAAGAUUCUAGUCACCUCAAACGACAGCAGAGUCCGGCUCUACGAUUUGAGGGACUUAAAUUUGUCCUGCAAAUACAAGGGCUACUUAAAUGUGUCCUCGCAAAUCAAGGGAUCGUUUAGCCACGAUGGAAAGUAUAUCAUUGCUGGAUCCGAGAACCAGUGCAUCUAUAUAUGGAAAACAAACCACGACUACUCGAAACUCAGCUCGGUUCGGCGAGAUCGCAGUGAUUUUUGGGAAGGCAUCAAAGCACACAAUGCCACGGUUACUUGUGCCAUAUUCGCGCCACACCCAGAGGCUAUUAUUAAGCCCGAACCGGAUGAAAUCUCGAAUGAGAAGUUGGCUCACAAUCAGCCGGAUCCACUGGUCGAGCAGCACAAAAAGGGAUGUGGUUACGUGUUGGUCAGCGCCGAUUUCAAUGGGGCCAUAAAGGUCUUCAUAAACAAGACGAAGCCGAAACACAGCAGUCUACCCUACACGGCCAUCGCGGAUUAGUCUUUAGGUAGAAGAUGAGAAAAAUAGAAGAGUGAAAGUAAAAUAUUAUUUUAUUUUUGUAUUUGUGACAUUUUGUAUCGUUAGUAACUAGCGCCAUCGCUUAUUUAUAUGCAUAAUCCGUAAUUACUAAUUUCUGUCUGUCCCCACACCUACUUUAUUCCCAUUGUAAAAGUUUGUUAACAAUUGCUGCUGGCGCGAACUGUUUAGUCUUACGCAAAAUAUGUUAUGUAUUUUUAAAGCUGAGUGUGUGAAUAUGUGUAUAGAUAUUUGUUUAACAAGUUGAUUAUUUCGAAAGUCAAUUGUUUAUUGUUAUGCCCUUGUAAGUUACAUUUUGACUGUACAGAACUUCGAUUUUGAGAUUCUCGAUUAAUUUUAAAUCUGUCCGUCUGGCCAUAUGACCCCACUUUGAUAUAUCUAGUUAGAACUUAACUAAUGACCAACCUGCAAGGGUACGAACGACUCGGAGCGCCGAAUCGAAAAUAAGUUAUUUUAAAAGUCUACAGACUUAACCUAACCAUCUUAUUAUAAUUAACUUUUAAACAACAUAUAUUUUGUGUAAAGUAAAAAUGUGCAAACAGGAAA